ACACUUAGCGGAAGUGACGUCACCUGCGUUUUGAAUCGUGCGAGCUAACUGGAGAUUGAUCGAGCCUGCAUAACCUUUGCACUGUUCAACCCGACCCUCCUCUCUCACACAUCAGGGGGGGGAAACUGCAAACUUCAUGUAUCCAUAAUCUCUAACGCGGAGAACAACAUGGACCUCCACAAAAUCAUCCACAGCGCCCUGCACGAAUUUAUCCAGACUUACAUUCCUGAUGCAGACCUAAGCACGCUAGAUGAUGUUCUUCUGUCGUACAUCACUGGAGUCCUUGAGGAUCUGGGCUCCCAGCAGAGCGUUGAGGAGAACUUUGAUGUGGAGGUCUUUGGAGAAAUGCUGGAAGCUUACAUACCUGGGUUUGCUGAAAUUGACAGUGUCAAAGUUUAUGAAAUGAUGUUCAGUCUGGCUUCAAAGCUGGCCACUGCUCGGACAUCGGCUGACAAAGAAAACAGCGUGCCUAAGACAGGGACAGAACAGCUUUCUUUGAAACUUACUACCCUGGCCAGUCAACCAGCGCCAGGGCAAGAACCUCAGUGCCUUAAAACACAGACAGAGGGCGCUACAGCCAAGCUGUCCGUGUCUGAGUGGGAGAUCCAAGAGCAGCACCUGCUGGAGAUGUUUCCAAAGUGCAGUUUGUCAGAAGCUCGCAGUGCCCUUUCCAUUGCUAAAGGAGACAUGGAGGAGGCGGUUCGACUUAUCAUAGAAGGGGAUGUGCAGCUCAGCCCUACUCCUCUUAAUGUAAACCAAGGGAAGAGCAUUUCCUCUCUUGCGGACCAGAAACUUAAAGAGAGUAUCCUUGAGAAAUACAUGCUGGUGGACAGUGAGGAAGAUAACAAAACACAUCGGCCCGUCGCCCCCAAAGAUGCUCCAAAAAAGCUUGUUCGCUACCAUGGUAACCAGGUGGUUACAACAAAAGGUGAGAGAUACCAGCUUGUGAAGAAAAACGAGGAUGACGAAAUGAAGAAGACCUACGUCCACCUGAAGCCGGCCCGAAAGUACCGCUUUCAUUGAUGAUGAGCUCCUGCAGCUAGUAACAGCAUUGUUUACACUACUCCUUUAUCCAGCUCAUUAAAACGGAACUUGGUGUAAUUUUUUUUUUCUCCCCAAGUAGUAGAAAGCAUUUUGUCUUUUCAGUGUGGGAGUGGCUUAUUUUAAACAUUUCUAACCAUCAGGCCUUGAAAAAAUAUCUUGGUAUUUUAGCUGCGUCGCUGAUGCUUUUCAAACUUUUUUUCAUCAAGCUGUUGUAAGUUGUUUUUUGUUUUGUUUUUUUGUGUGACAGACAGCCAAUCAGAUUUAUUUUUGGCCACCUCAGCAGGUCUGAUGUUGCACUGACAGCUCUUUUCGGGCAGGAAUUAUUGAUCCAUGAUAUUUCCUAGUGAGCAUUUCUAUGUUUGUGAAUAAGUGGUGCUGCCGAAGUUAAUUUAGGACAUUAGAGGUCUUAGUGUCUUUCCCCAUCCCCCAUAUAUUUCAUCAUGGUUUAUUAUAGAAUUUUGCUUAAGCCUUUAAUUAUGUAUGUUGUGUUUUUGCUACACUCCAAAACUGUAUUUUAUCUGACAGAUUCACAGAUUUGUAAGUUAUUGCACUGAUCCAGGGUGAAGGCAAAUGUCUAAAAAGAAAGGAGUCUUAGUAUGUGUCUUUAUUACUGAUUGGGGAAAAACUGUAUAUUUGUUAUUCUCUACUGAGCCACUUGGACAAAUAACAGAUUUGGCUUCGCCCUGACAAAAUAAGUCUAAUUUUCAUCCAUCAUGUUUACUGAAAAAGCUAAAUUAAUGUAAACAUUUGCUGAAAAGCAAAUACAUUUCUUUUUCUAGAAGUGAACAAACUACAACACCGUCUUAUGUAUUGGAACAUGUGGUUUUUGGUUUCCUUCAAUUCUUCUGUAAAUUGCAAACCUGAUGAGUUUUAUCUUGAAGCCCAGAUCAUUUAUUUUUGAUAUGUAAAUAAUUAUGUCGGCAAAUCCUUAAAUACUUUGCAGCGGUGUUACCAAAAUGUUAGCUGCCUGUAUUAGUUUUUGAAAGCAAUGAUUUGCAAACCUAGCUUGACCUCUUCAUUAAAUUUGAAAUGGCAAUAGAGAUAAAAUACAGUAUAUCUGUUACUGUAUGAUGUAUGUUCAUGCCUUUAAUUUGAAAAACCUCUCAGUUUAGAUGAGGAUAAACAGUUGAGAAAGCAGGACAGGCUAUUCAUUUUUCAGUUCUCUUCAACAUAAUGUUCAAAUAGUGAUGUCUUAAUGUUGUGUUUAUCAGGAAACGGUAAUUUAUUGAAGCUGGAUAAAAAAUAGCCUCUGUUGUACUAAAACCAAACAAAAGCUAUACAUUAUACAAACCAUGAGGAAAAGUUGGGAUACCGUACCCCCUUAUAACAAGUCUGAAAAAUGUACUUAAUUACUCGCAUUCUCUCUGGGAUAAUGUAGUCUGCCGAUCAUGGAUUUAUGAACAUCUUACCGCGAGUUUGUUCACUUAUCAUCAGAAGAACACCAAACUAAAUCUCAGAGCUUUAGAGGAGGAAAUCCUCCAAUGAGUUAUGUUCUAAUCAAGCACUUGAUAUAAUAAUAUUCUUUAAACAUUUUCCUUUGUAUUAAUUGAAUUUUACAAUAUUGUUGAAUUGGUAUUUAAAAACAUACAUUUUUUGGAAGGGUCCUGAGGAGAGGAUUCUUCCCACCUUUUAAACAGUGUUAAUUAUGGUAUUUAAAAAAAAAAUGCUUAGAUACUAUCUGAGAUUGAGGAAGUUAUUGUAGGAGAUGAUUAUGGAAGAAUUGUUUUAAUGGUCACACUGGAUACAACAAAUAAAUACUUGAUAAAAAACUUUAUGUAAUGCCUCUUUUCAUAAUUGCUGGAUUUGUGCCUUUCUUUGAUUAAUUGAUUAAUAAUAGGUAGGUAAUUAAUAUGCUUCAUAGUUAUUUAAUAGAAUUUGACAGAGCAUCUUACAAAGGAUAUUCACCUUAAGGUAAAAUGUAUUAGUUGUUUGGCUUCUCUGUUUUUGGGGUGGUUGUUUUUACCAAAUGGAAUGUUUUCAACUCUGCAUAAUCAAGUAAACCAUUAUUUCAUUACCUGCUUAUUUUGAUAAUCAAUUGAUAUUAUGAAUUGCUGUAACAUAAGCAGGAAUGUUUUCCAACUUUAUAUGUUGGAGGUUUCAUCCCUGGCUGAGUUUAACUCUUAUCAGAUGUGUACAGUAAAUCUUCAAAGCUGAUGACGUGGGUCAGAAAGUAUGAUUCAUUGACUUAGAAGUCCCUACUAUUGGUGGAUAUACUGAAUUGUUGCAGAUAUAACAUUUUAAACCUCUAGAAGCAAAAACAUACAAAGAAGAUAUGGAAAUGUUAAGACAUUUAGGUUAUUGUAAAAUAUGUUGCACUGACAAACAAGGCCUGUUACAGCUGAAAUACAAAGUAAAAUCUGAAUAACGUAAUUAAAACAGCAGUGGUUUGACCCAUUGCUCUCAACACAUAAAAUGUAUAUUAACACUGAUUCAACAGGUUUGCAAAUCAUUGUUUUAUUUAGCAUUCUGUGCAACUUCUGAAAGUUGGAUUGUGUUUAUAAAGAUGAAAGGUGUGUUUUUUUCAGGGAAACCUAAAACUACUGUGGCUCUUGUCUCAGUUGUGUUUGUGUGUGAAUUUUUGCCCCACUUGCAACUAUUGUAAAAUGAGUGAACUCCUUUAUUCUUUUGAGUUGUUUAUUUAGGACAAAUAAGCUGAUCUGUUUCUUCUUCUCCCAGGAUUAACUAUUUAUAUUGCUCCUCUGUUUGAUGUAACGUGCAGCUCUUUGAAUCCUAUGAUCUGUUAUUCCCCUGACUGUAAAAUAGAACUGGAUGUUAAGAUGAUGUGAUGUUAUAUUUAUCAUGCAGUGGUGUUACUGUAGAUCAAGGAGCAGACCUUUCUGAAACUGUUAAUAUUUUUAUCUUCAUCAUAGCUUCUGAUAAACAAUUGAUAGUAAACCUAACUUUUGUAGACAACCAUGGGCUUCCUGUUUAAGAUCUAAAAGAAAUUAUUCAGAUAAAUCCGAGUGAAACAUUUUACUUUGCAUGUCCACUUAUUUUCAACAUCCUAGGCAAUCUUUAGAAGUAAGAUUGCUUUUUAAUUAUUUUUAAAGAAAAAAUUGGGUUUAGAAAUUUUAGUAUUAUCUUGGCUUUUUUUUUCCUCUUUCAAUGUUCUAAAUGACAAGUCAAUUAAAGAUAAAUAAAUCCAGUUUUACAUUAAAUCGAGAUGCUUUCUUAUAGUUUACCAGUUAAUUUAAAAGGUUAUCCAUUAGUAUUUGUGCUCUGGACUUGCUGUUCCAAUGUUCAAAGGACAAUUUUACCUCCUCUUCUAACGAUUACCUCACACAGGAUACGAAAAUCAACACACAUCACUAAUUGUGUACUUUUAACCAAAUAUUGUACUACCUGCUUUAAAGACUACAAGUCUGGGAUACAUUUUUUUUUAAAUGGUUGAGGUAAAUCCAGAUACUUUAUUCGGUGUCGGACUAUCAGUAUCAGACUGUUCUAUUAAAACAAAGUUUAACAAUUUAGGAGUCCAGAACAUUAUGAAGGAAGCCUGGAGAUGUUUGAUCUUUCAUGCCCGUCUGCAAAUAAACUUUCUCAAUAAAUGUUUCACCAGAACA